GGGCGUGCUUCGAUGCAGUGGCCAGAAAUAGUUAAUCAUCAUGAAUAGUUCCUGUCAUCUCGGUCAGCGGAGAUCCUACAAUGGCGAUCUAUGCACAGUUCGCUAUAUAGGAAAAGUCGAGGGCACUACCGGCGAGUGGCUCGGAGUUGAAUGGGACGAUUCAACGCGAGGGAAGCACUCCGGCGAACAUCAAGGCGUGAGAUAUUUCACAUGCAAAAGCAAGCAGCCCACAGCCGGGUCGUUCGUGCGUCCAUCCCGCGCCUCGGACAAGCCUCGAGGCUUUCUUGAGGCAUUGCGCGAGAAGUACGCCUCUGGGUUGGAGCAGGUCUCCACGAAGGAGACACCAGGUGGUAACCCGUCCGAAGACUCUCGUCACAAGCCCAUCGAAAUAAGCGGUAAGGUUGUUGAAGAAGUGGGCUUCGACAAGAUCCGAAAGCAGCUUGCAGAGCUCCAGGAACUUAGAAUCGUGCUGCUUGAUGGGCUGUGUGUUGCGGGAGCUCUUCCCGGCGCAGCAGAGCAUGAACAAGUCGAAAGGGCUCGAAAGGAGAUCCAGCAGACAUGUCCCAAAAUUACAGGACUCGACCUUAGUCGGAACUUGUUGACUAGCUGGACUGACGUUCAGGGUAUAUGCGCCCAGCUCAAAGGUUUGAACUUAUUGAAGUUGAAUUGCAAUCGAUUUGACCAUGUCGAGGAGGGUUUGAAGUUCGAAGGGAUUAGUGAACUUCAUUUGGAUGACACUCUUCUUGCUUGGGAUGAGAUCUCAAGUUUGGCAUACCAAUUUCCAUCAGUUACUACUUUGUCUGCUUGUGCGAAUCAGAUAUCAACGCUCUCAAGGUCAAUACCGAACACCGUCACUUCUUUGGCCUUGGAGCUUAAUGAUAUCUCCUCGUUGUCUUCAAUAAAACAUCUCGCAUCACUGCCAAAUCUCAAACAUCUCUCCCUACGAGGAAACUGCAUAAAUGCAGUGUACGACGAGAGUUGGGCCGGAGAGCCUCUCCAGUUUUCACCCAGUCUUACGUCUGUCGAUUUGUCUCGAAAUAACAUUAACACAUGGUCAUUUGUGGAUGAACUCUCAAAAGUGUUUCCUGGUCUUCAGGUUCUUCGAAUUUCUGGAAACCCUCUCUACGAUCAACCAAUCGGGCCGUCAGUCGUCACAGGGAUGCCAGAGAAGCCGAUGACAGUAGACGAAGCAUACAUGUUGACACUAUCUAGACUUGCAUCUCUGCAAGUCCUUAACUAUGGGAAAAUUAAUGCGAAGGAUCGCAGCAACGGGGAACUCUACUAUCUUUCGCUCAUUGGCAAAGAGCUAUCUGCCAACUCGGAGACUGCCGAACUAGAAAUUCUCGCGAAACAUCCUCGCUAUAAUGAGCUUUGCAAGGUUCAUGGCGAGCCUAUAAUUACGAGGGCUUCAGAUUCGACCAGGGCCGGUACUUCGGUAAAUCCACGCUCUGUUGCUGCUCGGUUGGUGAAAAUGGUUUUCCAUUUGCGAUCCGACAACUCUCAGACAUCCGAAAUCAUCAAAGCGAAAGAGGUUCCUCGGUCUUUCGAUGCAUACCAGCUCAAAGCAAUUGCGUCUCGCCUAUUCGAUCUACCGCCGUAUGAGUGUCGGCUAGUUUGGGAAACGGAUGAGUUAGACCCUGUCAGUAAAGCGAAUAUGGAGGAUGCAGACGGAUGGGAUAGUGAAGAGGAGAUCGCAGAUGGCGGCAAAGGAGUCGAGGGUUAUCCACACCCAAGUGAUGACACCAAAUUUGUCAAGAGAGAAGUUGAACUUGUGGACAGCACCAAGGACAUCGGGUUCUGGUUUCAACCUGAUCUCAUUGAAGCAAGAGUCAGAGUGGAAGUUGCGCCUCGCUCAUGACGAGAGCCCAUACAAUAGUUGUGAUGAAACGAAUUACGAUUAUGAUUCCAAUCGCCCGGUGGAUCCAUUGUUUUAGAUGACGG